AUGCAGCACAACUUCUUCACAUUCAACGAGGAGUCCAGUGCAAAUUUGACACGAGCCGAACGUCAUCAGCAGUUUGUACAGUAUUUGCAAGCGAGUAGCUACAUGGCAAACGGUCCAGUCUCUACAACUGGUUUUGAAAUUGUACGAUUGACACACACACACACAGACAGUUUAGUGAACUUUACCCGAUUCCUUUUUUCACACUUCCUGUGUCUCCUCCCCUGA